AUGGCUUCGAGCCGUCGCUCGUCGUUUGCGCAGAACGGAAACUCUUCCAGAAAGAAUUCAGAGCCGAAGGGGUGAGUCCUCCUUCUUUUUCCACUCGAAACCACGUCUUCAGACCUUGUGAACGGGUCGUCCACACUCCACAGGACUCGCUUUUCUCGACGAGCUCCGGAUGGACAAACUUUCGCGGAUUCUUCAAUUUGUCCAUUUUAUUAUUGGUCUCGCAUUGUUCUUUUCUGAAAAAUUUCCUAAAAACGGACAAGUUUCAGGUGCUCUCCAACGGUCGUGUGGCUCUGGAGAAUUUGAUCAAGUACGGAAUACUGAUAACUCCGCUCCAAUGGGUUUCCACGUUCGCCGCCGAUUAUUCGAUAUGGAGUUGGCCGAAUCUCGCGCUCAUUCUCGGCUCCAACAUUCAGAUUCUGAUCGUUUUGGCCGUGGAGAAGAUUCUCGGUAAAUACUUGUUUUUCGGUAUUGUUAUGUAGUUUUUGUGAUCAAAAUUGAUGAAAACACCGAAUGUCAAAGUCGAUCGCUUCAACAAGCGACCAAACACGGGAAUAGGAGUACUUUGAGUGCUCACACAACACAAUUCGAUCGUUUUCAGCUAAUUUCGAUAGGGAUUUUUCCAUUUUGAGCUCAAAAUAAGUUCGCAAGGCCACCAAAGCUUAUUUGACUUGAAAAAGUGAAAAUUUUUCCGAAACAGCUCAAUGCAAUGUGAUGUAAAAACGCAGUGACAUUUCGGCAUAUUUGUGUACCAAAAAUGCAAACGCGCCCCCUCGGAAAGUCGGUGCACGGACAGAUGUAUACCCUCCGAUUCAGUCACGUGUUUUGGCAGUCAAACAACAAAAACACCGUCGCGCCUCUCUUUCUCUCUCGUUUCCUUUAAUUUCCCUUGUUCUCACUUCAGAACGCGGAUGGCUGGGCAACGUCUUCGCCGCCAUCUUCUACAUUGUUCUCGUGCUCACGCACCUGACCCUUCCAGUUGUCGUCACGCUCCGAACGACGGUAUUUGAAAUUGAAUUAACAAUGAAAGGCCCAAAAAACAAACUAUUCCAGUCGAAAAACCCGCUAUGGUCGGUGGCGAUGAUGGCGAUUUACGUGAUCGAAUCGCUCAAAUUCAUCUCGUACGGACACGUCAACUACUGGGCACGAGACGCGCGACGCAAAAUCGCCGGGCUCAAGAGUCAGGUCGCCGAGCUCGCGAAGAAAACGUGCGAUCCGAAGCACUUUUGGGAUCUGAAGGACGAGCUGUCGAUGCACCAGAUGGCGACGGCCUACCCGUCCAACCUGACCGUCGCCAAUAUCUACUACUUCAUGGCGGCGCCCACGCUCUGCUACGAGUUCAAGUUCCCGCGCGCGCCGAGGAUUCGCAAGCACUUUUUAAUCAAGAGAAUUGUUGAGGUAUCAGGGAUGGGGGAAAAAGUGUUAGUUCCUUACUUGUUUUCAGCUGAUCUUCCUCUCGUUCCUGAUCGCCGCCCUCGUGCAACAAUGGGUGGUGCCGACAGUCCGUAACAGUCUUCGGCCACUCAGCGAAAUGGAGUUCUCCAGAUGCCUCGAACGUCUUCUCAAACUGGCGAUCCCGAACCACCUCAUCUGGCUGCUCUUCUUCUACACCUUCUUCCACUCGUUCCUCAAUCUCGUCGCCGAACUGCUCCGCUUCGCCGACCGCGAGUUCUACCGCGAUUUCUGGAACGCGGAGACCAUCUCCUACUUCUGGAAGUCGUGGAACAUUCCCGUGCACCGCUUCGCCGUCCGUCACAUUUACUCUCCGAUGAUGAGGGGCAACUUUUCGCGGAUGAGCGCCUUCGUCGUCGUCUUCUUCGUGUCGGCGUUCUUCCACGAGUACCUGGUGUCGGUGCCGUUGAAAAUGUUCCGAUUGUGGUCGUACUACGGAAUGAUGGGCCAGAUUCCGCUCUCGAUCGUCACCGACCGAAUCGUGAAAGGCGGCCGUACAGGUGAGUGAGGGCGGCCGAAGUUUUGCAAAGCAAACAUAUUCUACCGUAACUGUUUUUCAGGAAACAUCAUCGUGUGGAUGUCGUUGAUCGUCGGCCAACCGCUCGCCAUUCUCAUGUACGGCCACGACUGGUACAUUCUGAACUACGGAGGAGCCGUCGUCGGAAACCACACCAUUUAG